AUGGAAUGCGCUGAUGAUGUAUCGUGUCUGCGCGAAAAGUUUAGCAAUCCCACUCAAAAUAUCCUGUCCAUCCGUUAUGCCUUUUUCCAGUCGGAGCUGGUGGAGACAUCAAGCAUUCGAGAGGAAGUCGUGGACCUGAAAGAAAUAAAGAAUGGUCAUUCUGAGAUUAAGACCGAGGUUAUCGAUGUGGAACCGAUCGCCAAGAUGGACAACCGCUUCUUUGGCGAGCUUCUUGCCGAGGUUUACCGUAAAAACAGCGAUAUUCACACCUGCAUCUCCGAGCAUGUGGCCAAGAUUCGUGGAAGGAAACACCUUCUGGACCCCACCAUUGACUACAAGGUGGAAAAAGAAGAAAUCGAGAGUGUCAUUCCUGAAGGAGUGUCCGAACUGACUAAGCAGCAAAUCCGCUACCUGCUGCAGACUCGUAUGACGGCUGAUAAGACCAUGCGUCUGUUGAUGGCCACAUUCAGCAGUCUGCGAGAGGAGCUAGUGCAUAUGCAGGAUGAUCUGAGGCGUCUGGAGAGCGAGAAGGAGGAGCUGGAGAGAGAUCUGAGCUUCAAGGCAGAUCAGGCUCUGCAAUACGACCGACUACUGGAGACCGUUCGGGAGCACAACAGACAGCUGCAGGCUUCUGUGAAGGAAAGUAAUAAUGCUCAGCGUAUUCUAGAAAGUCAGCUACUGACCAUGCAGAGCAAGGACCCCAGCAAAGACUUCCAAAUUAAAGAAUUGGAGGGCAGCAAAAGAGCUUUGGAGCAGGAGAACGAGCUGCUCAGGAAGAAGCUGGCCGGGCAGUGCAGUAGUUCGACUGUCCAAAUCAAAACACAGGAGCUGUCCAGAGAGUAUGAACAGAUGCUGAGAGAUCUACGAGAGGAGAAGGACAGAGAACUCAGUAACCUGCGGAGUCAACUUGUAAAGAUCCAGACCGAGCGCACUAUUAUACAGACCUCUGACAGCGGUUUGGAGAUGCGUAUCUCUGAGCUUCUGUCCAAACUAGAGCAGCGUGAAAGUGUCAUCAAACACCAGGAAGAGGAAAUCAGACGACUCAAACAGCAGAAGACCGACUCCAACUCCAGCAGUACAACGAGGACUGUCGUUACCAAGAGAUACAUGAACCAGUACCCUAUUCUGGGUCUGCUGAGUGACGAGUACCAGUACACACCACCCAUUAAAGAGGACAGGACUGUCAUCAUCGAGAGUACGGGGGUCAGCACGCGAGUCAUCUAGACUGAAUGAACAGGAAGAAGAUUUAGAGGCCUCCCCGUGUUCCCGUCCAAAUCUCAUUCCCUCCCUCUCUCUGCCUGCAUGCUGCCCUCCUUCCAGUGGAUUCUAUUGGUGAUGGUGGCGCUGACUUUUUAGUUUCCAUGCUUUGGAUUUGAAUAAUGCCGUAUGAAGUAAGAACAAGAAUGGCGUUUAAUUUAUUAUACAUACUACUGAUAGUUAUUUUUAUAUUUUUGAGUCCUAUGAUGCGCCACAAACUUUAGCAGCCUCCUGUCAACACUACGGUAAGCAUGUAAAUAUAUGGAGAGAAAUGAUUUGCAAGUAUCAUAUACGGUACCUUGGUAGGAAUAAAAGUUGAGCAUUGGCAGUAAUGUAAAAGGUGAUUCCUGGUUGGUUUUCUUAUUCAUUUGGGCAUAUUCAUUAUGCUAAUUCUAUUCGGUUUCUAUUCUAUUUUUGGCUGAAUAAAAGUAUUCAUUUAAAAUAAUAAUAAUAAAAAGAACUGAUCCCAAACUUUUAAACAGUAGUGUAUACAUAAACCGGUAUAGUGUAUCUGAAAACAGGAAAUAACAUUGUUUACAAAACUGACACAAGGAGGCGCCAACACAGUAAUAACACAGUCUUAUUUAUUGGUUUGGCUGAUACUUUGGUAGACCUCUAAUAUGUAAUGUAAGCUGGUGAGGGGUUUUACUGCUUUAAAGUGGUUGAUAGCACAUGGGGUAACAGUGAUUUCUGUAGGCUAUCUAUACAUUCUCACAACUAAACUGUACGGAAAAAAGAAAUCUGCCAAAUGGUCAACUUUGUACUAUAUCUAAACACUGGUUAGAAGACAUUUUUUAAACAAAAUUAACAAACAGAAAAACUCUGCUCCGUAGACACUGGCAGCUAUAGGGCUUUUUUUUUUUGUCUGAAACCGCUGGGAUGUUUUUGUCAUGGUACAUUGAAUAUUUCUACAAUUUCUGCAUGAAUCAAGUGGUUUUUCCACUAUAUUAUUCUUCAUAAGACUCUGAGACUUGCUAUGUUUGAGUGUGGAGUUUACCUUUAUUUCUGUGCAAUUGUUAGACUUGAGACUGCUGUGUGAUGUCAUCAAGCAGUAGAUCGAAGCAUUACAGGUAGCUUGGAUGUCUAGACAUUUUUUAAAUAUCUUGAUGUGACCAAAGAAAGUCUGCUCUUUGAACUCUACAACAAUACUGUGUUCACGUGAUAUCCUGACUCAAUGCAUCUUAUCUGUUUAAAUGUUGGGGUGCCCCUUUAAAUUCUUAAACUUUACAAUCAGAGUAUUCCAUCUGCAGCAUUUAUCUCUUUUGUGGAUGUAACUUUACAUCUUGUAACUGUUUGUGCUUGAAAUAAAGAAUUUUUUGAACUCUUGA